AGAUGGCGCAGCCUCUGGGGGAGGGGUUGGGUUUUGUCAACGUUUCAGUUACAGAAGAAGAAGUUUGUCAGUCACCCAAUCUACCCGCUGGACCUCAGCAAGGUGUCUCCCCGUUCCCUGCCGUCAGACGCGGCGAGUCUGCCCCCGAAGAAACGCACUCCGCCGCCGGGCCAUUUGACCAAACUUCUCCCAGUGAUACCAGGUGCCCUAUUUUCUUGCCAUGGCGACGAGUGCGAAGCGAAAGCAGGAGGAGACUCACCUAAAGAUGCUCCGGGAAAUGACUAGCCUGCCUGCGAAUAGGAAAUGCUUCGACUGUGACCAGCGCGGCCCGACUUAUGUCAACAUGACAGUGGGCUCCUUCGUCUGCACCACCUGCUCCGGGAUCCUACGAGGACUGAACCCCCCCCACAGAGUGAAGUCCAUCUCUAUGACCACGUUCACACAACAGGAAAUAGAGUUUCUACAGAAACACGGCAACGAGGUCUGUAAACACAUCUGGCUGGGCCUUUAUGACGACAGGACAUCAGUUGUUCCAGAUUUCCGAGAACCGCAGAAAGUAAAGGAGUUUCUUCAGGAAAAAUAUGAGAAGAAAAGAUGGUAUGUUCCUCCAGACCAGGCGAGGGCAGUAGUGAGCGUUCAGGCCUCGGUGUCGGGCUCGUCGGCAAGCAGCACUGGGAGUACCCCGGAGGUUCAGCCCCUGAAAACCCUGCAGCUCAACAAAACGCCACUACGCCAGUCCCCAGGGCUCAGCCGCCCGCAGGCCCACGGCGUCGCCCAGGAGAAGAAGUUUGACCUGCUCUCGGAUCUGGGUGGAGACAUUUUCGCCGCACCUCCGACUCAAGCCGGCCCCCCCUCCACCAACUUUGCCAAUUUUGCACAUUUUCCAAGCCAGUCGGCACCUCAUGGUAAUUCAAACACCAACUUUGCCAACUUUGAAGCAUUUGGAAACACUGCAAUUUCAUCCCAUCUGAGCACAUCACCUCCCUCAUCAGGGGGAGGUGUGCCAAUUCCCUCCAGAUCCAGUGCCGUUUCAGCUCAUCCCCAGUCGGCGAGGUGCACAGAGGACCGCUACGCUGCGCUGGCCGAGCUGGACAGUGAGCUGAGCUCCUCUGUCACCACAGGCAGCAACAUGCAAGGUGUGGUGCCAAGCUGUUCAGUGAUUUUUAGCGUACAGGCUGAUUUUUAUGACUGUUUCCUUUUAGCGGUGCCAUCCACAAAUCCCUUCGUUGCCGCGGCGAUAGCCCCCGACAUGGCCUCCAACCCCUUCCAGGCCAACGGCAGAGGUCCAGCUGCAGCCUCGUUUGGUACUGGCUCUAUGAGCAUGCCUGCCGGCUUUGGGAAUGCGUCUUCCUACUGCCUCCCGACCAGUUUCAGCGGAAACUUCCAGCAGCAAUUCCCCGGCCAGGCCCCCAUUCCUUACCCCCAGCCUGGGGCCUACCAGCCUCAGUCUAAUGGGCCCGCCUUCCCAGUCUACGGUCAGAACAAGCCCUCCAUUACGCCCUUUGGGCAGCCCAUGGCUGUUCCUGGCAUGUCCAAUAACCCAUUUAUGGCCGGAGCGCCAGCGGGGCCAUUCCCCUCUGGAGGUUCUUCCACCAAUCCUUUCCUGUAGCACAGCUCCUGGCUUCGGCCACCAGAGGGCAGCAUGCAGCACAUACUGAACGCACCUGUUCCGUCACGAAACUAGUGACAGUACAUUUCUUAAGAAGAGACUUAUCUAUUUUUUUCUCCAUGAAAGAAGUUUACAACACUAUGAAGGAGUACAAAGGAAUAUAUUUAGGACUAAGGGGACAGCUAUGGCAGAAAUGUACUGUCUGGACUAUAUUCCAUUAUUGUAUGCUUUUUAUUUUUAAUAUUUGUUUCCGUUCUAACUGUAAGCUUUGUGCAUAUCACUAUUUGUAAUCACAAACAAGUACAUGUAAUGUAUAAUAAGGACUGAACUAACAAGGAUGUGUAACCAUAAACCUUGUGUUUAAAAACGACAAAAAAAAAAAAAAAAAAAGAAAAGGGGAAGAAAAUCACUUCAAACUAACAGAUAAGUAACAGUUUACAUUUAAACAGGGUCUCAUCCAAAUCUGCAUUUUUGGUAGAGUGAUAAUAUUGUUGUUUUUUUUCUAAGUUCAAAAAAGGGAAUUAUUUUCUUGUUAAUUUAAGAACUCUUUUUUCGCACCAGGUUUCCUGUAUUAAGCCACGUUUCCGUUACUGCGAUUCUUGAAAUAUAAAAGUAGGCUUUAGUCUGAUAGAUAGGACUUUUAAAAAUGAAAAUAAGACGUAAGCUUCAGAGCAGGUUCAUGUAAUAUGGCAUUGAUCUGAAUAGGCCAACAUUUAAAGAUUGUCGUUUAGGCAUGGACCAGCGUGAGACUGUCACCAUAUGAAAUUAAGUA